GGGCGUGGAUCACCAAGACGCCGCCUCUGACUACGGUAGCGACAUAGACCUCGACGACGAGCAGCUUCUCCUUCUGCUGGAUCCUCCAUCCGCAUAUACGCUCCCCACGACCGCAAAUUUUGCAGACGAAGUCCGACUUCACGAUGCGGGCAACGAUGGCGAUGCAGCGGUGGCAAUCGUCUACCCAACUUUACCCCAGUGCAUCUCCGUGUCCCCUCCUCCUCCCACGGACAGCACACGCGCUUUCUCCCAGGAGUCCAAUAGCACUGAAGACGCAGACUCGCAGUAUUUCGAGUGCACAGAAGCAAUCCCUCGCAGCCGUCGGCGCCGCCGCCACGCCUGAACCCAGCAGCCUAUCGCUCUCCUCGCCAUCCGCCGAAGACACGCGCUCGCCCUACGAUCGCUUCCGCUCGCGGCGAAAAGCACUGUCGGUAACAGACCUGGUCUCGAACAUAUGGUGCGAGCAGCAGUUCGAAUACACGCUGCUGCGGGGGUUCAAGCGGAAAACGCCACAGAUGCGCCGCGGGACACAGGUGCACAAGGCCCUCGAGGAGCAGGUGCAGACCGCCGUGCCCGUCGAUGUCUCCUCAAAGAGGGAGGAUGCCUGGGGGCUCAAGAUGUUCAAUAUGUAUCAGGGACUGGCAAGCCUCAAACAUAACGGGCUGACCAGGGAGUUGCCCGUGUUUGGCUUCCUCGGCAAUACUUUUGUCCAGGGCAUCGUCGAUGAGGUGUCGUUUGUGCCGCCGCAUACGAGGGCGGAGGAGAGGAGGCGGACGGCGGCGACGGCGGCGACGGCGGCGGCGGCGGAGAGGGUAGCCGGGGAGGAAGAUCCGGAGAUUGUGCUUGGGGAGGAGGAUACAACCGAUGCGUUUGGUGUUCCACCAAUGGGUGAAAGAAUUGCGUACCUCUCGGAUACGAAAACGCGAGUAUCGCGCUCCCUCCCGUCGUCCUCGCAGGUGCGCGCCACCGCGAUCCAGCUGAUGCUGUACCACCGGUUGCUAUCGCACAUGCACUUGGGAACAGUAGAUCUCGGGAAGGCGCUGGAUCUGUUCAAGCUGGACGGCGGCGUGGAGUUCUCUGACAGUUUUAUCGCCCAGAUGGCGGGGCUGGAUAGUGGAAUUUCGCUAGAAACAUUGCUGGAGCAUAAUUCCAUCUGGGGGAUGUGGGAGCUGGUGCGGCGGCAGGCGGAGGAGAGCAUGGACGGCAUCGGGGCGGAGACGGGCGUCUCCUACCGCAGCCAGGCCGACGGGAGUAUGAUCGGCUUCAUGCCGCUGAAGCAUGAUGACAAGGCGCUAGAUGCGCAUCUGGUCGAGGUUAUGAAGUGGUGGAAUGGUGAGCGCAGCACGGUCGGUGUCGAUAUCGAGGAUGCAUGGAAAUGUGGGUCAUGUGAGUUUCAAGACACGUGCGAAUGGAGACUGUCGAAGCUCCAGCUGGAUCUGCAGGGGAGGAGCGCGAAGAAGCGGAAGUUUCCCGCGCGAAAGCGCUCGGUUGUGGUGUAGAUUUAGUUACAUGUGGCACGCUUCGCACGGUGGUGGCGUUCUUUGUGUAUUUUCGUGUAAAUUACUACUUUGUAUAAUACGGAUGUAAAUAUACAGAAUAGAGCAUCUUGCAGAUACACACUCAUUGGUCUUCUGAUCAUCGUUCGUUUCUUCCACCUCAUUACUCCAGCUUGUCCAAAUGCUCCAGCCUCGUCAACACAACCUGCUUGCUUGUCUCCUCGAUUUCCCCCGCUAAAAAUACCUCGUCGAGGAUAGCAUAGACCUAUCGGCACGCAUCAGCCUUCCCCGGCCCAUAUUCGCCCUCA